GCCCCCGAUAAUAAACCUCUGACGCCUUCAUCCGGGAACUACUACGAACUCGCUCUCCAACAUGGCGGCGUCAGGUAAGAAGAAGAAUAAGAAGGGGAAGACCCUCACUCUGACUGACUUCUUGGCAGAGGACAGUGGAGGAAGCGGCGUGGCCCCCAGCUACCCGACCAAGUCCACUAGCUGGGCCGAUGAGACUGACGACCUGGACGGAGAUGUCUCGACUUCGUGGCACACGGAGGAGGAUACGUACCGGGCACCGCCCAUUGACCGCUCCAUCCUGCCCACAGCACCUCGCUCAGCCCGUGAACCCAAUAUCGACCGUUCCCGACUGCCCCGCAGCCCGCCGUACACGGCCUUCCUGGGCAACCUGCCCUAUGAAGUCACUGAAGAAUCAAUCAAAGAUUUCUUCCGCGGCUUGGCAAUCAGUGCAGUGCGCCUGCCUCGAGAGCCCAGUAACCCAGAGAGGCUGAAGGGCUUUGGCUAUGCUGAAUUUGACGAUGUGGACUCCCUCUUGAGGGCCCUCAGUCUCAAUGAGGAGAACUUGGGGAACCGAAGGAUCCGUGUGGAUAUUGCAGACCAGUCUAAUGAUAAAGAGAGAGACAGUGGGCUUAUGGGAGGACGAGACAGGGGUGGACGGAUGGCGGACAUGGGCCCUGACAAGACAGACAGUGACUGGAGAGCUCGGCCAAGUGCAGACAACGAUGAUGGACCUCCCAGGAGAGAUGAUGCCUUUGGAGAGAGAUCACGGGACCGCUACGAGUCAGAUCGUUACAGAGAUGGGCCACGGCGCGACAGUGAUCGUUAUGAUAGUGGAAGAGACCGCUACCGGGAUCGCUAUGAUGACAGGGACCGCAGAGACUACGACAGAGGAGGUUUUGACUCUCGUGGUGGUGGAGGAGGUCGUCGUGCCUUUGGCAGUGGCUUCCGCCGUGAUUAUGAUGACAGUCGGGGUAGCAGUGAUCGUUAUGGGGACAGGGAUCGUUAUGGCGACCGUGAAGACCGGUAUGAGAGACGGGAUGAUAGGCGUGAGGAGAGAGCUCCUCAGCAGAGACCCAAGCUGAACCUAAAACCCCGUAGUGUGCCCAAGGAGGAGGAAGGUAGUGGCGGUGGCGGAGGUGGCGGCGGCGGAGGCGGCGGCAGUGGGGGCGGCGGCAGCGGCAGCAGUGGUGGUGGUACUUCCCCCGCUGCAGCUCCAAGUUCCAGCAGCAGGGCCUCAUCCAUCUUUGGUGGGGCCAAGCCUGUUGACACAGCAGCCAAGGAGAGGGAGGUAGAGGAGAGGCUGAAGAAGGAGGAAGAGAGACUGCAGAGGCAGCUGGAGGAAGACAAAGGCCGGGGACCCGACAGAAAGAUGCGAGACAGGGACCCAAGCUGGCGCAAUGAGGAAUCUCAUACUGAGCGAUCUCGCACAGGAAGUGAGUCCUCACAGCAAGGAAGCACUUCUGGAAGGGGGUCCCGGUGUCGAGAUAACGAGCGCUCCGGGGAGAAUGAGGUUUUCAGUGGGAGAGAAGGUGACCCUUCCUCCCCUGGGCCAUCCUCACGCCCACCCUCUACCAGCUCCUCCAAGGAGCCACUUAAGGUGAUGCCUGCCCCUCCUCCCAAGGAGAACGCCUGGGCCAAGAGAAGUGCAGUCAGUACAGGCUCUAGUGAGGGUGAUGGACGAGCUCCAGUCUCUCCUGUCUCCCCAAGUGGUUCAGCUCCUCCCAAGUUCAGCUCCUCAAGCUCUGCAGAUGAAAGAGGAUCUGGAAAGGAUGAGAACAAGGCUGACGGUGUGCGUCGGGACCGGGGUCCCCCACGGGCACGAGGGGGGCCUGCAGGGCCUGGAGCAGGGCGGGGCCGAGGAGAGGGGCCCAACAGAGACCGAAGAAAGGAGGCAGACAGAAAGGAUAACAGAAGAGACCGAGACUCCAGACCACCUCCAGAGCCAAAGAAAUACGAAGAAUCCCCAACCCCCAAGUUCAGCUCAGCCAGUAAGUACGCCGCUUUGCUAAUGGACGGAGACCAAGGAGACGACGCUGAGGACGUCGAAUAGAGAGAGAAAAUAACGAUACAAGGCCAGGAAACGCAAGAAGAGGAGAAAACGAUGAAUGCAGAAAAAAAAAAUAAUCUCACAUAGUCUAUGAAAAAUCUUCUCACAUGGAAGAGGCUCCUGGGAGGACAUCACUCCCUCCCUCCUUUCCUCCUAUAAACCUGUCCUUUACUUUCAAAACCUCCCACCCACCUAUCCUCCCUGCCUCCCACCAACCCCCUCCCUCCCUUCCCCGGACCCUCCCCGCCCCACCUUCAGGACUUUUCAGGUUCUAAAGAAUAGUCACAUACUGGACUUGUUUUAAAUGGGAAAAAAGGAGUAGCUGACACAUGGAAAAUGAUGGAUAACAUUGAAUUAAUUGUAAUAAAUAAAUGGAAAAAGUGGGGAAAAAAUGAAUUUGUAUAUUUGUGGAUCACAGACGGGGUAAGGUUGGAGCUUAUAACAGACUAAGACUCACUAAGUGGAACCUUUUUUAUUUUUAAGUUUUAUCAGUUUUUGACAUUGACUUGCAUAAUCCCUAGAUUUCACUUGCAUAAUCCCUAGAUUAAACUAUUCAUCAUAAAGCCUUUUUAUUAAUUACUAAAUAAUUAGUUAUAAAAAAAAAAAUCAAUCUCUUGGCAAAUUUAUUCAUGAAAAUUACUCAAGAAAAUCAUGUCUUCCAGUACUAACAAUCAUGAACGUUGAGAUUUGGCUACUAAUUUAAAACCUUUUAUUCAAUCAUGUAUGCACCAUUCAACAAGUCAUUGAUUGAAUUUGUUCCAAACUGAACUGAUUGCAGAGAGUGUUACAAGAGAGGACUGUGUAAUUCAUAGACUACAGUGUUGCAGGACUGAUUUGUAUGUCAAGACUGAAUGGGAAGCAGCGGCUAUGCGAUCCUCACUCUGAGAAUCAAAUCAAGUGCCAUUACUAUUAUCCCCAAUCACUGUACAGAUGUCUCUCUAUUUCUACACCUUCUGAUGAAAUAAUCACAUCCAUUAAAGGCUCAUAAUGGUCUCAUGUCCA